CCAGCCGGCUCCGCGGACCCCCGCCCCACCCGGACGCCGGACGCGGGACGCCGGACGCUGAGCCCGGCCGGAGCCGCCAGCCGCGCCCGCCGAGCCGCGGGCUGGGAUGCGCGCCGUGAGCGCGCGUGCCCGACCGCAGUGCGCGCGCUCCGUCCCGAGCGAGCGCUCCCCGCGGUGGCGGCGACGACGACGGCGGCGGCGGCGACGCGCCCCGCGCGCCUCUCCGGCCCUUGCCCCGGCUGUGCGGGCCCCCGACGGGCCCAUGGGUGGCGUGACAGAACGGGUGCCCUGAGCGCGGCACCAACGUCGGGGGCACUCCCACGGCAAGCGAGAGCCAGGUCCGGCGCCAUGUACUAGGGUACCCAGAACGCUGCAAGGCCACGCCCUCCUCGCUUCAGGGGUCACCGUCCCCACUGCCUACCACCCCACCAUGGCUGGGGAUCGGCUCCCGAGGAAGGUGAUGGAUGCCAAGAAACUGGCCAGCCUGCUGCGUGGCGGGCCUGGGGGCCCUCUGGUCAUCGACAGUCGGUCCUUCGUGGAAUACAACAGCUGCCAUGUGCUGAGCUCUGUGAAUAUCUGCUGUUCCAAGCUAGUGAAGCGGCGCCUUCAGCAGGGAAAAGUGACCAUUGCUGAGCUCAUCCAGCCCUCGACACGCAGCCAGGUGGAUGCCACAGAACCACAGGAUGUGGUAGUGUAUGACCAGAGUACACGAGAUGCCAGUGUGCUGGCAGCAGACAGCUUCCUGUCCAUCCUGCUCAGCAAGCUGGACGGCUGCUUCGACAGCGUGGCCAUCCUCACAGGGGGCUUCGCCACCUUUUCCUCCUGCUUCCCAGGUCUCUGUGAGGGAAAACCUGCCACCCUACCAUCCAUGAGCCUCUCUCAGCCCUGCCUGCCUGUGCCCAGUGUGGGCCUGACCCGUAUCCUGCCUCACCUCUACCUGGGCUCUCAGAAAGAUGUCUUGAACAAGGAUCUGAUGACCCAAAAUGGAAUAAGCUAUGUCCUCAAUGCCAGCAACUCCUGCCCUAAGCCGGACUUCAUCUGUGAGAGCCGUUUCAUGCGCAUCCCCAUCAACGACAACUACUGUGAAAAGCUGCUGCCCUGGCUGGACAAGUCCAUUGAGUUCAUUGAUAAAGCCAAGCUGUCCAGCUGCCAAGUCAUUGUUCACUGUCUGGCUGGCAUCUCUCGCUCUGCCACCAUCGCCAUCGCCUACAUCAUGAAAACCAUGGGCAUGUCCUCCGACGACGCAUACAGGUUUGUGAAGGAUCGGCGCCCCUCCAUCUCUCCCAACUUCAACUUCCUGGGCCAGUUGCUGGAGUACGAGAGGAGUCUGAAGCUGCUGGCUGCCUUGCAGAGUGAUGGACCUCACUUGGGGACCCCUGAGCCCCUCAUGGGCCCGGCAGCAGGCAUCCCACUGCCCCGGCUGCCACCAUCUACCUCAGAGAGCGCUGCCACUGGGAGCGAGGCAGCCGCUGCAGCCAAGGAGGCCAGCCCAAGUGCUGGAGGGGAUGUUCUGAUCCCCAGCACAGCUCCAGCCACCAGCGCACUGCAGCAGGGCCUGCGUGGCCUGCACCUCUCCUCCGACCGCCUCCAGGACACCAACCGCCUGAAGCGCUCCUUCUCCCUGGACAUCAAGUCAGCCUAUGCACCCAGCAGGAGGCCUGACUUUCCCGGCCCACCGGACCCUGGAGAAGCUCCAAAGCUCUGCAAGCUGGACAGCCCGUCUGGGGGGACACUGGGCCUGCCCUCGCCCAGUCCGGACAGCCCAGACUCUGCUCCAGAGGGGCGUCCACGACCCCGCCGGCGACGGCCCCCAGCCAGUUCUCCGGCCCGCUCCCCGGCUCAUGGCCUGGGCCUGAACUUUGGAGACACGGCCCGGCAGACUCCGCGGCAUGGCCUCUCGGCCCUGUCGGCACCCGGACUACCCGGCCCUGGCCAGCCGGCUGGCCCCGGGGGCUGGGUGCCGCCACUGGACUCCCCCGGCACACCGUCGCCGGAUGGACCCUGGUGCUUCAGCCCGGAGGGCGCUCAGGGCCCGGGCGCCGUGUUCUCUGCCUUUGGCCGAGCGAGUGCUGGUGCACCUGGACCCGGUGGCGGCGGCAGCAGCAGUAGCAGCAGCAGCGACCUGCGGAGGCGGGAGGUGCUGCGGGCUGAACCCCGGGACGUGCGGACCGGCUGGCCUGAGGAGCCUGCUUCAGAUACACAGUUCAAGAGGCGCAGCUGCCAGAUGGAGUUCGAAGAGGGCAUGGUGGAGGGGCGGGCACGCGGCGAGGAGCUGGCAGCUCUAGGCAAGCAAGCCAGCUUCUCCGGUAGUGUGGAGGUCAUCGAAGUAUCGUGACCCUUCAGGAGUCCCUGAGCCCCCGCUCCAGCUAGGCCAGGUAUAAAUAUAUAUUAUAUAUAACACACAGAAAGGUAAAUGGUUUUACUGCAAUUUUUAUCAAGAAGUAAAUAUUUCAAUUUUUUAUUUAUUUAAGCUAGUGAUCUGGCAACUGUGCGGGGCGGUCCUCAAGCUCUGUUUUUACUGUCUGAUAUUUAAACUGAAACAGGUUUCUAAGCAAUAUGAGGCCACCUUCAAUCCCAAACUGGAUUGACAGGCCUGGGCCCCUCCUUCCCCCCUCCCCUCUGGAAAUAGUACUGACCUUGCAAAGAGCUGCCCAGCUUUCCUGCACUUUUUACAUAAGAAAAGGGGGAAAAGGAGAAAGAUAACCCUUAUUUGCCACAAACUGAGCCGCAGACCCCUUGCCUUUCCUUUCUUUCCUCUCCUGGUCUCUCCUCUCCUGUCUUUCAUGUCUUGGGCUCUGUAGCAAAGCCAUAGAUAGGUAAGGGGAGGGGGAGACCCUAAUGUCCUUGCAGAAGGCCCCAGUAGCAGCCCCCACACACACACCUCAAGUUGCCAAGUCUUAGUGGCAUAGGGGUACCCUCUCUGCCUAUCCAUUACCCCAGGGAUGUUCCUUGGCAGGUGUUGGUGGGCACUGAGCCCAAUGGACCAGAGUUUUCAGGGAGACUUGGACAAGAGGUGGGGGGGAUCCUGAGAGCCAGAUGAGGUAGCCCCCAAGGCAAGGAUGGAGUAGACAAAAGAGCUCACACUCCUGCAAGAGUGAGAUCCAGUUCCUCAAAAGGGCCCAGGAGGCCAUUCAGAGGAGGAUUCUCUCUUUCCUUUGUAGAUGCUCUUGCCCAUUGGGAAGCCCAGUUAGACUCCCCAGCAUGGACUGGGGUAGUGCCCAAUGCUGCGGGCAGGGGCAGCUAGGCUAGCUGGGGCUGGCAGGGGCUAGCUCUGCUGGUCAGAGGGGAGUUCUGGGUCCAGUAUAAAUGGGGGUAGAUUCACGCUCUCCUUCUAGGUUCUUCCUGCCCCUGGUAGGACUUGGAAUUCAGGUGCACCUGCAGGUUGAGGGGCCUCUGGAACAGGCCUCCUUACAGAUGGAGUCAAGCACCUACCAAGCCCGUGGGUUUCCAGGAAGUGGGAAUCCUCAGCUUUGGGAGAACUCUCUCCAAGCAGAGAAAUACCCCCCAUCUAGACACAGAGAUGCUGGGGAAGUCCUUGGUGACUACCCCAUCCCCACAGGGGCUUCUCAGGAGAGAGUCCCCCUGUGUGCUCCCUUCCCAGGGUACUUUCCCACUGUCUUCAAGGUGAGAUUCUAGCCUCCACCCAAGGUGGCUUUUUUUUCUUUUUCUUUUCUCUUUUUCUCUUUUGGCUCAGAGCCAAUCUAGAAGCAAGGACAGGAGAAAAGUACCAACCACCCUUGCUGAAAAUCCUCUUGGACCAUUUGGGACCCAAAGGUUUGAGGCAGAAUAAGGGCUCUUGCCCUAAGAGCUCCUCAAGUGUGUGAGUGGGGCUGUCCUUCGAGGAAGAAGCCAGGGGCUCGGUAAUAGGCAGCUGGGGCAGGACAGAGUCCUGGAGAAAGACCUAGGAUGGCACCUUUCUACCCCACCUCCCUUGCUGUGUCCUUCUGUUUGUUCUUUUGACCACUACCCUGUGUUCCUGUCAUUCUCCUCCUUAAGCAAAAGUCCUGUUGCAGUUCUCUUGACCCCACCCGUCCUGAUCCCUGAGAAAAUAAGAUAUUGUUGUAUUUGCAAUCUAUGGAUUAGAGGUUUAAGUAUUUAUUAUUAUUAUUAUUGGUUAAUUAUUAUUAUUAUUGAUUAUGUAAAUUUCCCUCCUGUCUGUCAUUGAAUUUCUAAGGUGACCCUGGGUGUGGAGGAUGCACUGGCUUCCCCCUCCUUGCCCCACCCUACUGCUGUCCAGGAGAUAGUAGUGUGUGGCCACCAGUUGGACCCUGAAGAUCCCCCUUGGGUCUGGUCCCUCCCCUCUCUCUGUGGAGAUAUGGCAUCUAUCCUGGACACAUGGGGCCCAUUAGCCUCAGUCUGUCUCUGUUCUCACUCAUGGCCCUGGUCACCCUAAAGUGAGCAGACAAGAUGGAGGAUAAGGUCCCAGCUGCCUGCUCUGAUACAGGGUAGAGAGAGGUGGAGCAUAGGCCUUCCCUGGUGGCUUUUCACCCACUGUCCAACAUGUGGAGGAUAUAGGGUCCUCCUGAGCCUCUCUUACUCUCUUACCCCUCAUACCUGGUCACUGCCUGGCACUGGAAUGACCCAGAAUGCACCUGGCCCCUCCUGUUGUUUUCUGGAAAGUCCAGUAUAGGAGAGGUAGCUGGUCCCUUGCCCAAGGACCAGGGUGCCAGCUUCCCCCUUGGGACCUUUCCCCAUGAGGCCGCACUUUCCCAUCCCUCCUUUUGUAUUUGAAACAAUGUGUUGUAAUAAAUCAUAAGAACGAUGUUUUC